GAGAACAGCCUCUAUUAGGUUCAUCGGUCAGGUGUGCUCGCGCUCCCCCGCGCCUCAGCGUGCAGAUGGUACAGUCCACAUGCAGCUCGGAGUUUGUCGCCGAGGAGCUCCCACUGUUCAGCGCCGCUCAAACUGGCAAGUAAUAACCGCUUCWGGCAAGGAGCAGCGGGCUGCGCUUCGUCUUAAAAACAUGUUACCCUCCUCUCAGGGGAGACACCGGCUCGGACACCAGAGCAGGGUUGUAAUCUACCACGUGCUCUGCAUUGUUUCAGGUGCGUGGUGCAGUCAGGUGGUGGUGCCAAAGAGGGUCAGUGCCGUGCUUGGAAAGAACGUCACAUUAGAGUGCAGGGUGGAGGUUGGCUCAAACCUCACGCUCACUCAGAGUUCCUGGGAACGCCGUCUACCUUCGGGCUCUGUUGCUGUGGCGGUGUAUAAUCCAGAGUUCGGCACUUUCAUCCCUCCAGAGUACUUAAAUCGCUUGCAUUUUCGCUCCCCCUCCUCUCACGACGCCACCAUAGUGCUGGAUAAUGUGGGCUUCUCAGACGUGGGGAGCUACACCUGUAAGGUAGCUACGUUCCCCCUGGGAAACACUCAGGCCUCCACUACUGUCAGUGUUCUUGUGGAGCCAAAGGUCUACGUGUCUGCUGGUUCAACUGCCCUGAUCGACGGUGGCAAUGAAACGGUGGUGGCCACCUGUAUCGCAGAGCGAGCUCGACCCCCCGCCGAAGUGUCGUGGGAGUCAAACCUCUUCGGGCAAUCAGAGGUGCAGCCUUUUGAUGACGUCAACGGCACAACCAGCACACAAGUCCGCUACAUAUGGCAGCCCACGCGACACGUCCAGGGCCAAGCACUCACCUGUGUGGUCCGCCACCCAGCCCUGCAUAAUGACUUCAGGAUCCCUUAUCAGCUCAAUGUGCAGUUUGCUCCUGAUAUCUCAGUCGUGGGGUAUGAUGGGAACUGGUUUGUGGGCCGUGAAAAUGUUCAGAUGGCGUGCAAAGCCAACGCAAACCCACCAGCUCAUCACUUCAGAUGGAUCAGACUGGACAGUGAAAUGCCUGAAGGGGUAGAAAUAAGAAACAACACUUUGCUCUUCCUGCGUCCGCUCCAUCGCAACGACUCGGGCGUUUACAGGUGCGAGGUCGCCAACGACAUCAACCUCCGCAGUCGGGAUGUGCGCAUCCUAAUACAAGAUCCUCCCACCAUGCCUUCCACCAUUACUGCUCCUGUCCUAACCAGCUCUUCCACCUUUGUGGUUGAGAAGGGCCAUGUCCUUCUCAGCUCCCCCACACUCGAAGCCCUGCCCCAAAGUAAUAUUGGCACCAUAGUGGGCGGGGCCGUGGGCGGGGCAUUGUUCCUGCUUCUGGUCUUGACUCUGGUCGGAGUGUGUUACCUGCGGAAACAACAGACUUUUCARGGCAGCUACUACGCCAAGCAGAACCUGGCUCCCAUUGAACUCCAGAAGGCCCCCCCGCAGCACGAACUCCGUCCAGGUAAAGCAGGCGGCAGCUCUCGCAGCCAGGACCACGACCGGGAGGAGUGGGGCGACCGUGAGCUCAAACGCGACCGGCGUCACUUCAGCAACUUCAACGGAGAACCGUAUCCCAUUAACGGUUACACAAGGGCCAUGAGGGAGAGCYGGCGCCUCAACCAUCAGCAGACUGAAAACACCCAGGUUUCUAGUCCACAACAAACCAGGAACACCCGAUAUGCUCACUCACCUAAACCGCAGAGAAACGGCGCCCCCUACCUGUCGGAUGACUGCUACGAUAGCGGGGCUGAGGGUGAUUAUGUGUCUCACACUGAUGGCUCAGUCAUCUCGCGUAGAGAGUGGUACGUUUGACAAGCUGCAUGGUUCUGCAGAGGCAGAAACACGAGAAAAAAGCUAUUAGGAAAAAGAACACCUUAUUACUUUUCUAUACGCACACACACCUUUACUAGACUACUCUGUAGUUUAAGUUCAAAUGUCCAGGUUGACACUUGAAACGGGAGGCUUAUGUUUUUGACAUGGACAGACAGGACACUGUCCAUUUAAUUUGACAGCCUGCAUAUUUAGGCAUGUUAGUACUUUAUGUGUUAUUGCCUUACGACAUGAACAACAUUUAAUUUAAUGUAUUUUCAGUUGAACCCAACAGGCUUUCAGGCUGUCUUAAAGUGUUCAUUACCUCAUAUGAAAUCUGUUAUUUUCUUGUUUGAAACUUGCAAACGGAUCAUUUCAUGCCCACGUCUCAGACCCUCCCUGUUUAGAGCUGCAGAUGUAGCGUUUUGCAAGAUACCGUAAACGUCUCAGAUUAAUUGAACAACUCUGAACAAUUUUUAAAUUAUGAAGUUUGGUCCUUUGAUGGAUUCUAGCAGUUCACUUUAAGCCUCAGUCUUUUUUGUAGAGAGAAUCAUAGUAAAUAUUAAUGAAAUCCUAAAGCAACAGUUCAGAUCUUUUGAAGGUAGUGUUCAAUAGAAUUGUUAUGAAUAAUUAAUAUCUUACCUGUUGUAGGUAGAUGGCUGUUUAAAAACAAUCUCAGAUUGUAGAAGUGAUUUAUUUCCGAGUGGAUUGAGAUGAUGAAUGGUUGGAGUCUUCAAAAUCUUUUGUUCUUUUGUAAGAAGCUAGCUAUAGCACUUUGUGUGCAUCCGAGGACAUUUUCAGCAGAAAUAUCCAAUUUCUUCCAAAAUAAAUGUAAUGCAAAAAAAAACUGGCAAGUUUCAUCAAAUGUUUACAGAAACAUCUGACAUUUUUGGAACUAGUUACUUUAAGAUAAUAAGAUAAUCCACUUUAGACUUGCUCUGACCAGCAGUUUAGCUCUUCAGUCAGAAUUUAACUUUUUCUAUGGAUCAGAGUUGUUUAAAGAUCGAUCCACAACAGGUAAAAUACUAACUGUUUAUAACAUUUCCAUAGAUCCUCUCUUUAAAAUAGCUGAACUAUUCCUUUAAAAAAACAGCUUUGUUACAAAUUGUCCUUAAAGUCAAAUAAUCAAAGUUGAAAAAUUAAUUUAUCAAAUAAAAAUGUUUGUAAAUGUUUUUGUUAAAAACAUUAAGUGAUUUACUGUAAAAGAUUUAAAUGAGCAUUUAUUUCUAGAAGCAAGUUCAUUUUGCUGUUCAGUACAUUUUUCAAGCUGAUAAAAGUAAAAAAAAAAAAGCUACAGUGAUUAAUUCAGACCAAAUUUAAAUUCAUUGUUUAAAUAAUUGUUUAUUUUUCACACACAGGUUGUURAUGUAGGAUAUUCUCAGAUGUGACUUUAAUCUGACUUGAACUGUGAAGAUCUGUAGAGUCGAAAUGAAAUGAGGCCGUUUUGUUUGAAUGUCUUCUUUAACUGUCAAAAAAAAGCUCUUUUUUUCAUGUGUUUUUUUUAUUUUCACUUGUUGUAUAAAAUCCUCAGCUGAAAGGUAAAUUUAUACGAUUUAAAUGGUUUAGUUCCCAUAAUUCACAGCGACAUGGCAGAGCCAUAACACACUAAAUUAGUCUCUCUGAUAAAUCUGGAUUCCUUAAUGACUGAUGGCCCGUGCACACUUGUGGUCGUAAAACGAACCGCACRGCCUCUAUGAUGGAUGACUGACUCAUCAGACUAAUUUGUUUUCAACAAAGUCUCUGCUCUUGUGUUAAUAUCCUGAUGCAAGAAUUGAGUGUUUGAGGACUUGAACACUGUGUGUCCUGCUGAUAAAAUGUGAACUUCAGGGUGGGCUGAAGAACAUCAGAGCCUUAAAAUGCAGGACAUGACGCAAACUUAAGUUUUGUAGCAGGGAAAUAUUUAUCUACUUUAACAUUGCUUUUACUAAAUUUCGGAAGGAUUUCAGGUUAAUUAUCAAUUUGAUAAAAAAAWAUCACGCUUUUUCCUGUUUGUCAUAAAUAACGGGUGUUUAGGACUGUAAAGACUGGCACCAAAUGAGGGCUCCUGGAUAUUGAAGAGUGCAGUCAGCAGGGUGGUGUUUGAAGUAAGCUUCUGCACAGCAGUCAGAACUUACUGGCCAAAAAGUAUUUUGUUGCACAAAGACAUUAUUUUAGCCAAAACACUUUUCAUUAUUCAGCUGCUGAUGAUUUAUGUUUUCUAUUCUGAACAACAAAACUGUCAGUUAAACUCUGAGGCUCUUUUUGGCAUUUUGUUGCUCUCUUUUUUUCUUUUUUUUUAACUAAACGUGCAAUUAUGUUACAGCGAACAAAAAAAAAAGAAUCUAAAUUAGGAGGGCACAUUUACUUUUUCUCACCUGUGAUUGUCGGCACUUUUAACUCCUCUGCAGCACCGACGUGACAAAACUCUAACAUUCUGUGGAGAGUUAAAAAUGAAACUCAUUUCAGGCUGCAUUUAACAUGAAUUCAUUCUGUUGCCAAUCAAUACAGGAAGUACUGUGACUUAACCUAGAAGAAAAAGCUUUUUUUUAUGUUUUUUGUUUACCGGUCAGUGUUUUGGGGGCUGCAGAGCACUAAUAGUUCACACGUCKAACACUGACGAAGCUAUCAUGGAUGUAAAGUUUUAUAAACAGAUCAAAGCGAUUGUAUUUUAGCACUUGCAGCCUCCGUCUACUAGACUGCAUGGYGGAGAUCGAUUUCUUUUUGUGUACACUGAUUGUGAAUACAACUAUAGUCUGGUCACUUUGCAGCCAGUUGCCAAACUCCUGUUUAACUUGUAUUUAGAAGUAGGARAAAAGUGUCUGCCAUAAGUAUUACUGACUAGCAGAUCAUAAUGUAUUGCUGUCGUGUACAGGGUAGCCUGAAAAAGAUGCUUUAUUAUUAGAGAUGUUAAAACYAGAUGUUUAACUAAUAAUUGUGAAUUUUGUGCAGCGACUAAAAGCUGCGAAUGUAAAGCGAUUUAAUGGAGAGCCACUUCAGCUAGCAGCAGAUAAUAUAACCCUCAUAGUUUUAUAUAGUUAUUGUUUCAAACACUCGUGCAGUGAAGUAGAAUCGGACAAASGGUGCUCAUUUCAGGAACGUCUGUUGGUUUUUUAUUUCACAACGAAAUGAAUGAAUCAGACUUUUUUUUUCUUGUUUCGUGUUUGAGAUUUCUGCAGCCAUCCCAGGUUCAUGAUUGUGUGGAAUUACACUUUGUUUAAAAUCUCACACUGCUUUAGGAGGAAAUGUUUGGCUUGAUAAAGUGUGAAGACAGAGAAACCAGGGCAGUGUUUCUGCAAAAAACUAUUGUUACAUUUAAAACUGAGAAUAUUCUGUCCAGAUUUUUUUUUUAAUUGGGGGAGUAGAAAAGGCAUCAAAAGCUUGUUGUGUUGAAAGCAGAAAGCCCAGCUGGUGCCCACACCGCUUUGGUUCGAUUAAAUUUAAAAAUGUUUUCGGGUUCAGCUUCCUCUAUGUAUUACAUCAAGCUGGAUGCUUUUUUCACCAAAAAAAAAAAAAAAACAGGAAGCACGGCACCGUGAACCCCUGUGCGUUUGCUUCUCUGCACUAAAUUUUCUUUAAUCGAUGAACUGUUUCUGCUCGCCUCCUUUUSUUCUGAGCCUCACAUUUAGACUAAUGAAGGUCUUUUGUAUGAAAAUGCUGUAUAGAAAUCAGUGGAUACCCUCUCGUCGAGAAAUGUCUAAGUUGGGACAUAAAACUAGUGCCUUAGAUACUUUCUUAGAUACUAGAUUCUCUUUGUUGCAUCUUCGUGCCAUAUUCACUCUGCUGCCAUGUCGGAGUAUGUUUGCAAACCUGGAGGCAUUAGAAACGGAGCAAAGCUGAAGCUGGGAUGAAUCUUGGAGUUAAACGAUGACAUCAUCUCUGCUACACGUGCAUCCGUCAGGGGUUUGGGUUCCUGUAAAAGUCACUGUUAAAGAGGCUGAAUCAGUUUCACAAUGUCAAUAAUAAAAGCACCUUGUGGUCUUGUUUUGUAUAUAUUGCAAAAUAUAAAUUAAGUUUGUGGGGGAAAAAAGGAUAUUUAUGUUGGUGACAGCAGUGGAGCAUUAUUUUGUCAAUCCUUUUUUUGAGAAACUAUUGUCGAAUAAAGCACCUUAGCACCUGUGA